AUGCUUCCUCCUCCGGCUUGCUUUCCUAAAAGGUGGUGUGGGUGGAGAUAUGUAUCACACUUCAGGCGGUUUAUACGUCCAUUACGAAACACCACUUUAGAGAUUUCUUCAGACUCUAAUCUCUCUACUCAGUUUGAUCUUGUGACUAUUUCUUUGAUUUCUAUUUUUGCAAUAAUUCAAAUCUACACAAUAAUGAUGGCUUCAGGUAAUAAGAUGAGUCAAGCAUGGCGAGAUCCUCAACUGUCACCUGCUUGGAUGGUCACUCAUUCAUCGGUAAACCCUAGAACUCCUUUUUGGGUUAUCACAGAAGACGAACUUUUUCAUCUUUAUGAAAAUCCCGGAAUGAUUGAUACUUACCAAGGUGCUUUUAUAUUGGACGAUAUGAUUAUGACCCAAAAUUUUGAGAGGAAUGAAAAUAUUGAUGUUGUAAGCAUUGAUGAACUGGUUGAUUCUCUUAACGAGUGCCGGAUUGAAGAAAAGGAAACAGAUGAUAUUUAUUUACUGAAUCGUCAAGAUGCGUUCAUGAUGACAAAUUUAGCAUGUCUCCAUUCAAAGGCAUCCCGUGAUGCCUAUUUGAAGGGAGAUCAUCUUUCUGCGCGGGUAUUUUCCCAGAUGGCACAAGAAGAAAAACAGGCUGCAAAGGUUCUUAAUGAUAAAGCUGCAAAAGAAAUUUUAAGGAUCGAAAAUUGUAACAAUGAUAUCUGGCAGUUAGAUUUACAUGGCCUUCAUGCGAUGGAGGCCGUUCAAGCCCUAGAGGAGCACUUGCAGAUAAUAGAAUCUGAAGCGUCAAUAUCACUUGGACAAAGACGGAGAUCCUUGCUAGUUAUAACGGGAAGAGGGGUUCAUAGCCGAGGACAAGCUGUUCUUCCAACGGCUAUUAGGAGCUUCCUCAGUGAAAGAGGAUAUCAUUAUGAUGACUCAAGGCCUGGGGUUUUCACAGUACGACCCAGAUUUCAUUGCUAG